GACCCAGCUCCCCACUCCAAGUGCUAGAUACAGUGAAGAGUGAACAACUUUUUGAAGAGUGAACAACUAUAGUCAAGUGCGUAGCAUCCAUCCGUUGGGCGACAUGGCUUUCGCGCUCAAGGCGUCCCCCUCCAUGUCCUCCACGGCUACGUCGCUGAGCCACCCGAUGCGCCAACGGCAUGCGGCAGCCGUGCCGGUGGCCACGCGGCGGGGCAGGCUUGUGGUCCGGGCGGUCGCGGCGGUGACCGCGCCCGCGCCUGCUGCGAGGCGCGCGUCGCAGUCCGCGGCCGGCGAGCGCGGCCUUUCGGUGGCGGAGGCCAUGUCUCGGGUCAAGGCGAAUGGCAAGACGGCGUUUAUCCCGUACAUCACCGCCGCCGACCCCGACCUGGCAACCACGGCGGAGGCGCUCAGGCUCCUCGACUCGCUCGGCCCCGACGUCAUCGAGCUCGGCAUGCCCUUCUCAGACCCCUCCUUCGACGGGCCGGUGAUCCAGGCCUCCGCGGCGCGGGCGUUGGCCGCCGGCGCGACCACGGACGCCGUGAUGUCGAUGCUCAAGGAGGUGACGCCGGAGCUGUCCUGCCCCGUGGUCAUCUUCUCUUAUUUCAACCCCAUUGUGCGCCGUGGGACGGGGAACUUUGCUGCCGCUGCCAAAGAAGCCGGUGUCAAAGGUCUUAUCAUACCUGACCUUCCAUACGACGAGAUACACGGUUUUAGGAAAGAAACCGCCGAGAACAAACUAGAACUGAUUCUCCUUACAACACCAGCUACACCAUUAGAGAGGAUGAAAGAAAUCACAAAAGCUUCAGAAGGGUUUGUUUACCUUGUAAGUGUCGUUGGAGUUACAGGAGCCCGGGCAACGGUAAACCCACGUGUCAAGGAUCUUCUUCAGGAGAUUAGACAGGUCACUGACAAGGCAGUGGCGGUCGGCUUUGGCAUAUCAACCCUGGAACAUGUUAGCCAGAUUGCUGGUUGGAGUGCAGAUGGAGUGAUCAUUGGCAGUGCAAUGGUGAAACAGUUGGGUGAAGCAAAUUCUCCAAAAGAAGGAUUAAAUAGGCUAGAAGUAUAUGCCAGAAGUUUGAAGAAUGCACUCCCAUGAUAUGCAAUUAACAUAGUUAAUUAUUUAGCGUGGCGAGCCAUGAUGGUGGUCAAUGUUUCAAUGGGCACACAGAAGCAUAGAAGCUAUUUGCAAUUUUUGUGUCACAAAAAGACAACGGUGUUUACUUUGUAGUUAGUAUUUGCAUUUGCUUUUGUUACUUCAUUGUGCUACCUCGGGAGUGUUAAUAUCGAGUGAGUCGCACAAACUCUCGAUUAAAGUGGAACUUGUAACAAUUUACCCCAAUUUUUUGAUGCAUGUCUGGUAGGUAUUGCUCACAGGUCACGCGUCAUUCUGUAAUAUA